GAAGAGAGAGAGAGAGAGAGAGAGGUGGGUAGGCGGCGAGCGUGCGACACCCUCCCCCAUCCCCUCGUCCGCUCCGCCGCCGGUCGGUCGGUCGGUCGCCUUCUCGCCGGCCGGCGCGAUGGGAGGCGACGCGCCGCCCAUGAAGAGGCCCAAGCUGGAGAAGGAUGACGGCUGGUCCCGCCACCCUUCAGCCGCCAACGGCUCCAGGCCCGCCAGCGAUGCGCCGCCGCCGCCGCCGGCCGGGGAGGACGAGGAGGAGCUCCCGGAGGAGGCCGUGCUCGCGCUCAUAGACCACCACGAGCGCGAGGUCGAGCGCUACAAGCUCAAGCUGGAGGCCGCCGAGAGGAAGCUGGCCGAGACGCGGUCGAGGCUCGCCCAGCACCGAGGCCGCGGUCCCGAUCGGAACCAUCCGCCGCCGCCGCCACCAGCCGUGCAGAAGGCCGCCGCGCCCGAUCGCAGGACGCCGCCUCCGACCCAGAGGGAGUCCCCCAAGCCGUCGGCGCCGAGCCACAAGGCCCCCGCGCCGCAGACCAGGCCGCAGCUCGUCAUCCCGGGGGCAGGCCACAGCCGUCCGGCCCCGCGGCCCUCUUUACCCAUACCGAAGAAGUCUGCCUCCCCGGCAUCAUCGUCGUCGACCUUGGGGCAGGCGCCGCAGAGGAAGGCGGAGAAGAAACCCAAGAGAGAGAUUGUGCAGAGAGAACAUCAGAACUUGAUUCAGAGCAUCAAGAAGUCGUCUGCGCCAACGACGCUUAAGUUCUACGGCGGAACUCUGGUCUCCAGCCAGCACAAGAGGAAGCUUAGGUGUCUUGAGCUGUGCCCUGCUGAUGACCAGCUUGUCGUUACAAGUGCAUUGGAUGGAAUGGUUGCUCUGUGGCAAGUACGGUCAAGUGGACCAUCUAUCUCCUUGCUUAGCACUACAAAUUGCUUCUCUUCAAAGCAAAGAUGGCCUGAGGAUGUAGCUUGGCAUCCGGAUGGUGACACAAUUUUUGCUGUAUAUACUGCUGAUGGUGGUGACACACAGGUUUCAAUGAUGAAUCUUAACACAUCAGGACAAAAGAAAGUUACUUACCUGCAAGCGAAGCCUCAUACUAAGGGAAUCAUAAACAACAUAAAUUUCAUGCCCUGGUCUGAUACAUGCUUUAUGACCGGUGGAAGUGACCAUGCUGUCAUGCUCUGGCAAGAGAAAGAUGAUUCAUGGAACUUCAAGAAAGUGCACAGGGAUCAGCAUUCUUCUGGUGUCAUGGGUGUUGUCGGAUUGCAACAGAGAAAAACAAUAAUAUCAGUCGGACUUGACAAGAGGAUAAUAUCAUAUGAUGUUGCAACUGAAAGGACAGAGUACAAGAACCUAAUUGAUAGCAAAUGCUUGAGCGUAUUACUUAAUCCAAGCGAUUUCAACCUAUACAUGGUACAAACAGGGUCGCCAGGCAGGCAGCUUCGCUUAUUUGACAUCAGGCUUAGGCAGACCGAGGUUCACGCGAUCGGUUGGAAGCAAACGAGCAGCGAGUCCCAGUCAGCCCUUGUAAACCAGUCAUGGUCUCCCGACGGCUGGUACCUGUCCUCUGGGUCAGCAGACCCUGUGAUCCAUAUCUUCGACAUAAGGUACCAGGGCCAGAAGCCCUGCCAGUCAGUGCAGGCGCACCAGAAGCGGGUCUUUAAGGCCAUUUGGCACCAGACCUUCCCAGUUUUGACCUCCAUCUCGUCGGACCUCAACAUCGCGAUCCACAAAUACUGAUGGAAACAGCCACCUGUGGAUUCUUGGCCUGGCGGAUCAUCACCAUUUUUGUUGCGAGCUCGCGAAAGACGGCGCGUCAAUGCCCUAGGAAAUUUCUUGGUCCACGGGAAUGGGAUGCAUCAGUGGAGCUCCAGACGAGAGGCCCCAACGACAUCUGCACUUUUUGAUGCAUCCGCAGGCCUCCCUGGUCGAAUGUUUUGCCCGUUGCUGCCUGUGGAGAAGUAGUACGUGCGUCGAAAACUGUUCCGGAACCAUUUCCUUUCCUCUCCUUAGCAUUUUAUUUUUGUUUGUUGGCAAUGUAAGUCUUGGUUCAGUUGGUACUGUGCGUUGCAAUUUACAAGUGUCUGGAGAUGUGAUGUCCAAAGUGACAGUCUCAGUUGAAA